AUGCCGCGGAAUCCUCUACUCGGCAUUACGGUACCAUCGUAUAGUGAUAAGGAGAGUAGAGAGAAGAAUGAUGAUGAGAAUGAAAAUAUAACGGAACUGCACAGUGUAGCCCACAUCGUCUCUUUUAAACCACAUGAAGAGAAACCACUAUACUCUUCUUCUUCUUCUGAUGUUGAUGCUGUUGGAAAUACAAAUAACCAUCCAACGCUUUGCGUAAACCGUGAGAUGGAGGCCAAAACCGUACAAUCCCCUAUGGAGAUAGAGAAUGGGAAACCAACAAGAGAGGAAACCGUACGGAUAGCCCACUUUACAUCAGAGGAGAUGUUGGAUCUAAAGAAGAAGUUUCGCCUAUUCCUACAAGAUAACUUUGAAAAGGCCUACACAUUAGCUCUACAACAGGCAAGAGAACGUCAAUCUAGUGUCAUUGAUGGAAAAGUACUGGAACGUCUUCUUCUUUACCGUCAAGCACAAGAGCAAAGGCAUAAAGUAGAGAUGGAACAACAACAAAAACGAUUAUCCGCACAGUAUGAUGAUGAGCACCGGUCUCAACGAAGGGCUGUAUAUCAACAACAAGUGAAAGUACUGCAGGCAAAGGAACGAGAACGACGAGUGGAAUAUCAACAACUCUUAGAAGAAUAUUACACCCAUUGUGAAAGGGAACGUCAAUUAAAUGAUUUCGUAACACUUCCCGUUUCUAAUAAUAAUUUAUCACCUCUGCUGUUAAGUAGUGGGGAGGAAAUGGCGUUAAAGACAUCUCCAGAGUGUAUGACACGUAAACAAAUACAACAUCUUCGACAUGUUUUGUAUCGAUUGCAAAUGGAAGUAAAAUCGGUGAGGGAUGAAGUGCAGCGUUCUCUCUCUUGGCGCGAGAUUAAUGUUUCUAACGUAGCUGCACAAGUACAACAACAAUAUCAGGCGAUUAUAUUGGAACAACAACAAGAAAUGAAUAUGCUUCAGAAAUGGCAUGAUAAGAUGAAGCAAUUGGAAAAGGAAGUGGAAGAGAGUAUUACCAUAUUUAAAGAAGAACGCUAUGAACUUCAGAAGCGUUUGGAAAGUAGAGAGAAACAACAUAUAUUACCUUCCUUAAGUGACUAUAAGCAAGGUGGAAUGGAAACGAAUGGGAAGGAGCGAGUCCUCUAUCGAAAAGGUUUGUUUGAUUUGAUUUUAUGA